GUUGCAGCCCGGUACAUGGACGUGAGAGGGAAGAAAGGACCUGUCGGGAUGCCCAAAGAAGCCACGUGUGACCGAUUCAUGUGCAUCCAGCAAGGUUCAGAAUGUGAUAUCUGGGAUGGGCAGCCUGUCUGCAAAUGCAAAGACAGGUGUGAAAAGGAGCCAAGUUUUACCUGUGCGUCUGAUGGGCUCACCUAUUACAACAAGUGCUACAUGGAUGCAGAAGCCUGUACCAAAGGCAUCACCCUCAAUGUGGUGACUUGUCGCUAUCAUCUCACCUGGCCAAACACCAGCCCUGUUCCAGCAGAGACUACAGCUCCACCCACCACCGCUUACUUGGAGACUACCAUCACAGACAUCCUCGCCCCUGUUUUAGUCAACAACCCAACCCAUCAGUCGGCCUACGUUGGAGAGACGGUAAGCUUUCUUUGUGAUGUCACCGGUCGGCCUAAACCAGAAAUCACAUGGGAGAAGGAGACUGAGAAUAAGGAGAAAGUAAUUAUGAGGCCUAACCACGUCCAAGGAAAUAUCGUUGUCACCAAUAUUGCCCAGCUGGUAAUCUAUAACACGCAACUACAAGAUGCAGGGAUUUACACCUGCACAGCCAAAAACCUUGGCGGUGCUUUAAGGGUUGAUUUUCCAUUGUCGGUCCUCCAAGGAGAAGCUACUUCUCCCGAAUCGGUGCAGAAUAAAACUCACUUUCCAACCAACGAGUGCCUGAAGCAACCCGACAGUGAAGACUGCGGAGAAGAGCAAACCAGAUGGUAUUAUGAUGCAAAGAAAAACAACUGCUUUACUUUCAUUUACGGGAACUGCAAUAGCAAUCUCAAUCAUUUUGAGACCUACGAGAGCUGUAUGUUGACAUGCAUGAAUGGCCCCGUCAACAUCUGCAACUUGCCGGCCCUGCAAGGCCACUGUAAAGCCUACGCGCCCCGGUGGGCCUACAACGGCUUGACGAAACAAUGCCAGUCUUUCAUUUACGGAGGUUGCGGAGGCAACGAGAAUAAUUUUGAAAGCCGAGAGGCCUGUGAGGAAUCGUGUCCUUUCCCUCUGGACAGGCUCUGUAAAGUUUGCAAGGCUUGCAAACCCCGGCAAAAGCUGGUGACCAGCUUCUGCAAAAGCGAUUUUGUGAUCCUCGGCCGUGUCAUGGAGCUGACAGAGGACCAGGAUUCUGGCCAUGCCCUGGUGAUGGUGGAGGAGAUUCUGAAGGAUGAGAAAAUGGGGCUCCAGUUCCUGGGAAGGGAGCCUUUGGAAAUCACCUUGUUAAACAUGAACUGGAGCUGUCCGUGCCCCAACAUUACAGCAACGGAAGGCCAGCUCAUCAUCAUGGGGGAGGUCUACAAUGGAAUGGCUGUUUUACAGCCGGAUAGUUUUGUUGGGGCCUCAAGUGUCCGACGCGUUCGAAAACUUCAUGAGGUCAUCCACAAGAAAACCUGUGAGCUAUUAAAAGAGUUCUUAGGACUGCACUAAUGCCCUGAGAGUAGGCUUUCCAACAUUUGUGCAUGAUAUAGUGCUAACAAACCAUAGGUUUGCCCUGAAAACCCCUUGUGUAACUCUCGUUUACUGAUAUAUGUUAUGUAUUACAUAUGAAGGAAUGAAAGGCAUGUAGCAGAGAGGCAGUUGUCUUUUUGACAAGUAUUUUAAAAUAGAAGUAAACAGCAAUUAAUCUUUA